GAGACCAGAGAACCUCAGUCAGCUUUAAACUCUCUGAAACAUGAUUCAAGACGUAAGAAAACAUUCAGCUGCUCCGAGUGUGGGAGAAGAUUUAGCACCAGGAGAAAUCUAAAUAGACACAUGAGAACUCAUACAGGAGAAAAACCUUUCAGCUGCUCGGUCUGUAAGAAAUCUUUUACAGAGAGAGGAAGUGUAAAGGCACACAUGAGAAUCCAUACAGGGCAGACGCCAUUUAGCUGCUCUGAGUGUGGAAAAAGAUUUAACCACAACUCGGGUCUGAAGACACAUUUGAGAACUCACACAGGAGAAAAACCUUUCAGCUGCUCAGUUUGUGAUAAAAGAUUUGGCCAUAAGACACACCUGAAGAGACAUAUGAGAACUCACACAGGAGAGAAACCUUUCAGCUGCUCUGAGUGUGGGAGAAGAUUUGGGACCAGAGAACAUCUGAAGAGACACAUGAUAACUCACACAGGAGAGAGGCCAUUCAGCUGCUCAGUGUGUAAGAAAUCUUUUACACAGAGUGGAGAUCUAAGGAUACACAUGAGAACUCAUACAGGAGAAAAACCUUUCAGCUGCUCAGUCUGUAAGAAAUCUUUUAGAUGUGGUGGCCAUUUAAAAUAUCACAUGAAACAACACAAAGGAGAGGAACCAUCUACUUCCUGUGUUGGUGACAUCAGGAAGCAGCAGGAGUGGAGCUCCAGUGGGGACCAGCAGCAGCUAGAGAAUCUCAGCCAGGUUGGAACUCUCUGAACCACGGAAAUAAAAUGGAUAGAAAGGUCAUUUCCGUUCAAAUCAAGGUAGCAUAAUAGUCAGAGUGUCAGCCAUUUUUGUGUGUACCAUUGCCAUGGUAACGUAUAAACUUAAGCAUAAGCUGACUUCCGGCGAGUCGCGGAGCUGAGGCUAAAUGAGUCAAAUAAAAAUUCAUGCUUCAUCCACACAAAACGCACUGCUAUCACCUAGGGCUGGACCCGAAUAUUCGAA